AUGGAGUUAUUUGAUGUGUGGGUAAUCGACUUCAUGGGCCCAUUUGUGAGCUCCUAUAGGCAGAAGUACAUAUUGGUUGUAGUGGACUGUGUUUCCAAAUGGGUUGACGCAGUUGCUUUGCUUGAGAAUGAAGGUAAGAGUGUUGCUGGCUUUCUGAAGAAGAAUAUCUUCUCAAGGUUCGGCACACCAAGAGCUAUCAUCAGUGAUGGUGUUUCUCAUUUCUGCAAUAAGUUAUUCAGCUCUCUUCUGGCUAAAUAUGGAGUCAAACAACACAAGGUAGCAACACCUUAUCACCCACAGACCAGUGGCCAAGUGGAGUUCUCCAAUAGGGAAAUUAGAGCAAUUCUGGCUAAAACGGUGAAUACCAACACGAUAGAUUGGGCACGGAAGUUAGAUGAUGCUCUAUGGGCAUAUCAGACAGCUUUCAAGAUGCCUAUUGGUAUGUCUCCAUAUCAAUUGGUGUUUGGAAAGGAAUUUUAUUUGUCGGUUGAGCUUGAUCAUAAAUCACUCUGGGCUUUGAAGAAGCUGAACCUUAGUUGGAGCGAAACUGCAAACCUGAGGUUGGAUCAGAUCAAUGAGAUGCAUGAGUUCCGUCUGAGAGCCUAUGAGAGAUCUGCACUACUUCGUCUGUUUCCGGGAAAGUUGAGAUCCAAAUGGACUGGACCUUUUAAGGUAACACAGGUGUUUCAGUCGGGUGCUAUUGAACUGGAAAAUGAUAGGGGCGAGAGGUUCAAAGCCAAUGGCCAGCGAAUCAUAGCAUAUUUGGGUGUUCCAAAGGAUGUGAAGAUUGUGGAGGAAUGUAAACUUGAUGAAGUCUGA